GUAACAGCAUGUGUGAAUUGUUGUCAUGUCAGUGCGCCAUUGUGAUUUAACGCGGUGAGACGCCGCUAAUUGUCGAUUCCUUUAUAGAAAUAUAGGAUAUUCAGUUUUUUUUAUGGUGUAUGUGAAAAUUGGCAGUGAGAUGAGAAUAGUAAAUAAUUUGUUGGAUUUCUCAUCAAUCAUGACUUGUACACAGAUUUUAAUGAUGGCUUUUCUGAUGGGUGUUCAAAUUUUAGGCCAAGACAUAAGUUCUGACACCAAGUUGCCUGAAGGUUCAAACGACAGUCAUGAAGCUCUGAAUGACCUUGGUUAUCGACUCAUGAUGAAGGCACUGGAACACAGGAACGUGACUAACAUCGCGAUAUCACCUGUUGGUGUCACUGUACUGCUGGCCAUGGCUCUUCUGGGAAGCACUGGAACAACGUAUGAGGAAAUAGCUGAUAUUUUGGGCUUUUCCCGUGACAUCCUUAAAAACCGGCAACACCAUGAAGAUUUAGGUAUCCUGCUUCAAAAUCUAAAUGACACCACCGCGAAGACAAUAUUGGCUGAUGCCGUUUUCGUGGAUCAGAGGUCGCGUCUGCGUGAUAUGUACAAGACGUACCUUGACCGUGUGUACAGGGGGGAAGUCAUGAGUGUCGACUUCCAAGAUGGGAACGUGGCGAAGCAGACCAUUAAUGAGUGGGUGAGAGCACACACAGAAGAUAAAAUUGAGGAAUUCCUGGAUAAAACCCUGCCAUCUACCACAAAAGUGGUGUUGCUGAACGCUCUGUACUUCAAAGGACAUUGGGCGCGUCCAUUUCGACCAGAACUGACGAAUAAAAUGGUAUUCCGGGGUGCAUCCAGAAAAGUUGUUACAGACUUCAUGUUGAAUUUUGGAAAGUUCAACUACAUUUCAUCUAAAGAACAUGAUCUACACAUGGUGGCUUUACCUUACAAUGACAAUGUCACCACAUUAUAUGCCCUCAAACCAAAGGAUCCAAAACGCACGAGUCUGUUACAACUUCUUGAGACGCUCGAUUAUAUGCAAAUACACAAAUUAAUCAGUAAAAUGACGAAACAAAAGUGCAUAGUGAGAUUUCCCAAAAUGAAUAUAUCGAGUAGUUUAAAUCUUGAAGAGUAUGUAAAACUUGUUGGAGCGCCAUCUAUGUUUGAUGCUGAGAAAGCAAAUUUCGCUCUCAUGGUAGAGGUUUUCAAUAAGGAUGAGAACAAAUCAGAAAUUGAUGUGCUAUCGAGAAUGGGAAGCGAUGAUAGAGAAUCGAUGGAAUACAAGGAGUUAAUAGACAGACUUCCCAACCCUGGGAUUCAUAUAGAUUCGAUUAUACAGAAAGUGAAAAUUAACAUCGACGAACACGGCACGGAGGCAACUUCGGCUACAGCCGGCAUUAUGUCGAGGACGGCCGAGUUGUUCUACGCUGAUUCGCCAUUCUUCAUGUUCAUUCGAAACGAGCGAACUAGACUGGUCACUUUUAGCGCUGUUAUAUAUGAUCCUACACAAACAUAAAUAUUAACAGAAAAAGGUCAGGUCAGAAAUACCUGAAACCGAUUUGAUGAAUGUGGAUGAAACGAGGGAAGUAUGCAGCGAUGCAAUUUUUAGUAUUCUUCUGUGCCAUACAGAUUUUAUUUUGUACAAUAAUGAUUAAAUAUUAUAAUGUACUAAAUAAUAUGUAAGUAGUAUUUAAGAAUAACAAUGUAUUUGUAAAAUUUGAUGCCAUGAACCACAGAGUAAUUAGGGAAGAGU